CAUCCCAAUCGAAAGGUCCAAGGAAACCAUUUUAUCUCUCACAGUUUCUCAGACCAAAGUAGAGAAUUGAGAUCAGGAAAAAAAAAAAAGCAUGUUGAUUUCGGCUAUAUUUGGGACGAGCGUGUUGGUGGUGCCGAAUUCAUGUGCAUUUAAGACUGGUGGGACUAAGGUAGCCCCAUGGGGUGGCAGUGGCAGAGGCGGAGGCGAUGGUGGUGUGGGGUUGGUGAUAGAGUGCUCGUCGAGGCCACAGAAGAAGGCUACGGCGCACCAUAUGAAGACGAGGCCACGAAAGACACAGCCAUGGGACAUAAAGCGUAAACCCACUGUGUAUCCUUCUCUGCCUGACUUACCUCCUGACUGGACUCUCGUUUCUUCUGGCUUAGAUGAUGCUUCUCAACUUGAAGAAGUUGAAGUUGCUGUUGCUGUUGCUGAUGCUGUUGACUCUUCUCCUCCACCUCCUAUGUCUUCACAAGCACCACCCACAACUGACUAGUAACUUUUUUUUCUUUUUAAUAAUGGCUUUUCUGGUUUUGUUAUUUUGCUUGAAGGUUUGUGUUGUGAGUUCUAACUUUUAAUGUUAAUGUUUCUGCAUUUUUAUCUGGGUUUCAUUCAUUAAUGAGAUAAAGAAUGAUUAGUGAA